AUGUCUUUUCUUGGUCAUUUACAAGUUCUUGUUUUUCUUUAUGCUCUGCUUCUUUUCUCAGCAGAAUCUCGCAAAACCCAACUAUUUGAUACAGAAUCUAGCGCUGAUGAUGGUGCUGAACACGAAAACUACGGGGAUAAGGUAGAUGCGCGAGAUAUCCCUCUGUUAUAUCUCGAGACGAAGAUUCAAAACGCUCCUGUGGGGUCACCUCAAAGACAAGAAGCUCAGAAGAAUCUGCUUGAGGAAAUAAAUCACAGGAAACAAAUCGAUCAGAACAUUAUAGAGAUUCUUAGACUUUCACUCAAAAAAACCGAUGUCUUAGAUCUCUUAACUUCCACAAGAACAACAGGACAACCUGUUGUAGAUGAUUGGGACUGCUACAAGACUCUGGUUAAAAGUUUCAAGAAUCAAUGUGGAGCAAAGAUGGAAUACGAUAUGAAGUAUGCAGGAGCACUUGCCAAUAUCUGCAAUAUGGGAGUGGAUGUGAAGAAAAGUGUUGCAGCUAUUGAAGAAGCUUGUGCCCAUUAAAUUAUAUGCAAAAAAUAAUAUUGUGAUCGCCUUAUAAAUAUGAAAGUUAUUGCAUAACAUUUGAUUGUGUGGAGAUGGUUGAUGCCUAUUUUACUUGAUAACGCGAAAGUCUUGGUCUUAAA